UCGACGUCAGCUGGCGAUUCCCGUCGUUCGGGUUUUUACUUCACGAGAAUCCGUCAAGGGAGUGGGUGUUAGAGGGGAAUUAUGCCCUCUGACAUUUAGCUUUCAGUUCACAGCGCUGCCUUCUGUUUUUACAAUUGUCGCUUUUCAAAACGCAACGUUAAAUGCCAACACCACAGCUGAGUCACUACACUUAAAGUGAGUGUGCAGCCCAACAUGUUGAGGAGAAGGUGGUCCAAGUUCUUCAGGCAAGAAACCUGCCCAGGUCCUGGAGAGGCUCCCCAGACUCCAGGCAUCCAUGUUUACCUGUUCUGGAGCAGAGAUGGAGGAACUCACUUGUCACACACAAGUGGAGAUGUCACGGCGGAGGAGCUGUGUAUCAGGGCUGCAGAGGUUGUAGGUAUAAACCCGCUUUGCCAUGUGUUAUUUGCAUUAUAUAACCCACAAACACGCUAUUGGUACAGCCCAAACCACAUUUUCAGCCCAGAAGAAAACUGCAGCUUGCUGGUUCAGUACUGCAUGAGGUUCUACUUUCCGAAUUGGCAUGGGCUAAACGACAAGGUGCCACUGGUGACCCGCCACUCUUUGAAAGGUGGUGCAAAUCAGAAAGGUUCCACACUGCUCGAUAUCACAUCCCUGGAGUAUUUAUUUGCUCAGGCUAAACAUGAAUUUGUAAACGAAGUGGUUGAAAUGAAAGAAGUCCAGAAUGAGGAAGAAAGAAGUCAAUUCAAAAACGAGAGCCUGGGAAUGGCCGUGCUUCACCUGUCACAUCUUGCAAUAGAGACGAACUCUACUUUACCAGCAGUAGCUAGAAAAGUCAGUUUCCUCCAGUGCAUUCCAAGAUCUUUCGCUAAAAACAUCUCCAAUGACAACUUCCUUACUAAAAUUAGGAUCCGAACGGUGUUUGCCGAAUUCGUGCGCUCCUUCCAGCAGCACACAGUAGACAGCCGAAAGGUGACCCCCCAGGAGAUCAUGUACAAGUACAUUUCUACUCUGGAACAACUGGCUCCACGAUUUGGUACAGAGACUUUCCAAGUAAUUAGCCUGAAGCUGAGGGAGGACGGCGACGGAAGCAGCUCCUACUCAAAUGUGGUCCAUGGAGAUAGUCUCUCAAAGGGAAACAGCAACCCUCUCAUCACACACGAAGUAAUGGUGUCUGGGAUUGAGGGGCUAAAGUGGAGGAAGGUGCACGUUCACAAGGCUCAGGUGAAUUCCUACCUCAGAAAUGACUAUUUGAACUACAAGAAAGCAAAGCAGCAGUCGAAGCAGCUGAACACUCCCGACACAUGGAGCCUAUUUUCUGAUUUCCCUGAUAUAACCCACAUCGCCAUUUCUGAUGCUAAUGUGUACAUUAGCACUCUGGAUAACCGCUGCAUGGUGGUACAGAUGAGCUCCAGCCAGGAGGCCCGUUCCUUCGUCUCUCUUCUCGAUGGAUACUACCGACUGACUGCAGACGCCCACCACUAUCUUUGUCGUGAAGUGGCUCCCCCAAGGGUAAUUCUGAGUGAAGCAAAUCUCUUGCACGGACCUAUGCAUGAGGAGUUUGUGCUCCACAAGCUGAAAAAGGAUGCAGCAGAGGAGGGAGUGUUCCUCGUUCGUUGGAGUGCAGUUGACUAUCACAGCAUCAUUCUCGCUGUGCUAAAAAGAAAUGAGAACGGUUCGGCGCCAAGCCACAAGCAGUUCCGUAUCCAGCAGAAGGGUUCGGUGUUUUGCAUGGAGGGCUGGGACAGAGAGUUCUCCAGUGUGAAAGAGUUCAUCGAUAACCUCAAAACCUUUGUGCUAAAGUCUGGCUCUGACAGCUUCACUGUCAAAAAGUGCCUUUUGCCUAAACAAGCAGAGAUUUCCAACCUUCUGGUAAAAAGGCACAAGGAUGGGCUCUACCCCCUCUCAGAGUCCUUCUCCCAGAAGCUGACCAAGCUACGCUUUAACCGCAUCAAGGAGAAAAACAUCACUCCGGAGGUGCAUUUGGGUCGAGGCACUAGAACUAAUAUCUACUCUGGACGGCUGCUUGUGGGAGGGGAAGACGAUGGCAACGACGUUGAGUUCAACAACAACUCUUCUAAGCAAAAAGGCAUUCGAGUGGUUCUCAAGAUCUUGGAUCGAAGCCACGAAGAUAUUGCUCUUGCAUUUUUCGAAACUGCAAGUCUCAUGAGCAAAGUGUCCCACAGUCACCUGGUGUUUGUGCACGGCGUGUCUGUCAAAGGAUCUGAAAACAUCAUGGUGGAGGAGUUUGUGGAGUUUGGACCUUUGGAUGUCUUCCUUCGCAAACAUAAAGCAGCUGUGAAUGCUAAAUGGAAGUUUAUAGUGUCAAUACAACUCGCCAGUGCCCUCAGUUACCUUGAGGCUAAACAGCUGGUUCAUGGAAAUGUCUGUGCCAAGAACAUUCUGGUGGCAAGACGUGGCCUGGAGCGCGACACUACUCCUUUCAUCAAGCUGAGUGAUCCCGGAAUUUCCCUGAAUGCCCUCACACGAGAAGAGCGUUUGGACCGCAUUCCAUGGAUUGCCCCUGAGUGUGUGGACGGCAGCGCACCCAUCGGUAACACUGCUGACCAGUGGAGCUUUGGCAUUACGUUGCUGGAAAUCUGUAACAAUGGGGAAGUUCCUAUUAGCGGCUGCACAUUGCCUGAAAAAGAGCUCUUCUAUCGAGAAAGGCACCACCUUACUGAACCAUCCUCAGAAGAACUAGCCAAGUUCAUCAGCAUGUGUUUGACCUAUGAGCCAGAGGAGAGACCUUCUUUCCGCGCCGUCCUCAGAGAACUUACAGAAAUGAUGAUGAAAAAUCUCGACAUACCCGACACAGAAAGUCUGUCGCCACCGGUCCCGAGUACAUACCAGAAACGCUACCUAAAAAAGAUCAUGGACUUGGGCGAGGGUCAUUUUGGGAAAGUGACUCUCUACAAGUAUGACCCGACAAACGAUGACACAGGAGAACUUGUGGCAGUGAAGGUCUUGAAACAGGAAAGUGGCUGUGUGGCUGAAGGGUUGAUGAAAGAGAUUGAAAUCCUGAAGUCCCUUGAUCACAUUAAUAUUGUUAAGUACAAGGGCUGUUGCACUGAGCCAGGCAGGACGGAGGUACAGCUGAUAAUGGAGUACCUUCCAAUGGGAAGCUUGCGAGAUUACCUUCCCAAAACUAAAGUGUCUGUGUGCCAGUGCCUUAUGUACGCUCAGCAGAUCUGUCAGGGAAUGGAUUACUUGCACUCCAAACGCUACGUGCAUCGAGAUCUGGCUGCCCGCAACGUCUUGGUGGAAAACAACAGCUUGGUCAAGAUUGGUGACUUUGGCCUGACGAAACACAUCCCUGAGGGGGAGAUCUACUACCGGGUUCGAGAAGACGGGGACAGUCCAGUGUUCUGGUAUGCCAUUGAGUGCUUGAAAGAGUCCAAGUUCUCCUUUGCCUCGGAUGUUUGGUCCUUCGGUGUAACACUAUACGAGAUCUUGACCCGCUGUGACAACCGGCAGAGCCCACCAACAAAAUUCUAUGAAAUGAUGGGUGAAGCCCAAGGACAGAUUACAACAAUGAUAAUCAUCGAUCUGCUGAUGAAGAACAUGAGACUGCCUUGCCCCAGAGACUGCCCUCACGAGGUACGGCUGUUGAUGGAGCAGUGUUGGCAUAAAGAUCAAGCACAACGGCCCUCAUUUGAAAACCUGAUCGUAAGGUUUGAAGCCAUCCGCAGAACCUACGACUGGCAGUUUAACUCCAACUUCACCAUGUCUGAGAUUUGCUGAGUAAACUUCUGCACCAUUUACAAGAAAAAGCCAACAACCUCUUUGCUACAGUACACUUUCUGCUACAUUUAUACACAGAGAUGGAUUUGUGGAAGAUGAGUCAUAGAAGCACACACUUAAAUCUUGUAUAUUGUAGUCUUCUGAGUUAAAAUGAAAACCCAUAAUCUUUGUAUUCUAAGCUUUGUUGCAGUUACUUUUUCUAUAUAGUCUUUGCUGAGGUUAACUUUCAGGGAAAAGCCAAAGUUCGAAAGAAUUGGUAAGCAUUAGGGUAUAUUUUAUUAAAAAUAUAUAUAUAGAUUUCCAUAUAUUACAAAUGUAUGCAUACACAUUUUAGAAAUUCGGGGAGCUGUCUUUUAAAUGUUGCAUGUUUUAUGUUUUGUAAAUAUGUGAAUUAAUAAAUACGUGUCCAACUCCC